CAGCUUCUUGCUCGUUGUAAAUACUAUCAAGCACAUUAAUCCUAGCGACUAAACCUGAUGUAGGUUAACAAUAGCUACCGUUAGGCGAACACAAUGACAACCUGUUGUCUUUACAUUGCCCCGGUUAACUGUCAUCUGUGAGUUUUAAAGCCGGCUAGUUUGUCAAUUGCAAUCAGAGAAAUAGAACAUGUUUGGGUACAUCUGGCAGUACGUCUACACAUCCUUCCUGAGAUACUGGCUGAAGUGGCUCAUCAGGCAGGUUACAGGGAAAUGUGAGCUGCAGAGAAUCUGCUCUGGAUACAAGCCAGGAGCAACCAGGACGACAAAAGCAGAAUACUCUCUCAAGUCAUCAAAAAACAAGGUUUUAAGAGGUGCUUUGGAAACCAGAAAGGAUGAUUUAGAACAAUGUGUGGAUCAAAUUAUGAAAGAGAAGAAUGUCAAACCCCAGAAAAGUCCCAUGUUCAAGGAAAGCCUACACAUCUGUUUGUUGCAGAUAACAGGAUACAACAGCCUGUUUAUAUCUGUGGAAGACUUGAGAAAGGAAAUCUUCAGCUCAGAGAACCAAGAACACGAGGCCAUGCUGUUGAAGCUUUGGGACCUGUUGAUGCCGACAGUCAAACUGGACUCGAGGAUCACCAAACAGUGGGGAGACAUCGGAUUCCAAGGAGAUGACCCCAAGACUGACUUCAGAGGAAUGGGACUGCUGGGCCUAAUCAACCUUGUUUUUUUCAGUGAAAACUACACAGAAGAGGCUCGUCAGGUGUUGUCUCAUGCAAACCAUCCUAAACUAGGGUAUUCAUAUGCCAUAGUUGGGAUCAAUUUGACAGAAAUGGCCUACAGCCUCAUGAAGAGUGGUGCUUUGAAACCGCAUUUCUACAACACAGUACUCGGCACACCUGAGCUCCAGCACUUUCAUCAGCUAUACUGUUACCUGGCGUAUGAAUUCGAUAAAUUCUGGGUGGCAGAAGAACCAGAAAGCAUCAUGGAGUUCAAUCAGUACAGAGAAAAAUUCCAUAACAUAGUCAAGACACAUCUAGAGGACCCUGAUGUGUCCCUCACACUGACUGACCGCACUAAAAACUAACAUGAUUCAGGAAUAAUAUCCCCCCCGACUUCUCGGUGACCCCCUGAUGUUGUUCGAUCAGGUAGAAGGAAGCAGUGCUGCUCGUAAAAAACAUAAACGAGCUGCUCGAGUCACUCACGUUCCUCAAAAAUUGAUAAAAGCUGUUAUAUUUGGUUUUGUGAUUCAUUAGUCAUGCUCGGUUCAUGUUGUUACAGUGAUACUAAAGGGAAAACUAAAAUAUAGCACAAAUCUACCACCCUAUACCUCAAAAGUCAGCCAUUCCAGUGGUUAAUUGUCCUUCAAUAAAGGGGUAAUGAGAGCUGUAGUGAGGACGGGUCUGAGUGUUUAAGCACUUUCAGUGAGAAAGCAGCCAAAUUGUUGCAGUUUAAAGACAGUUAUAGAAAAAUGGUGAUUAGCCACCAUAUUUUUAGCUGUCUUGUUUGUAUUUAUGUAAAUGAGGCUCAGGAAUUUGAUAUUUAUGUCCAGAGACCAUGGAUUUAACUUGAUGUAAGGAAUCAUUUCCAUUUUCUGACGCUCCGUCGUGGUGCCGUCAUCUUAAAAUGUGUGCUCAGUUUAAUGUUUCCCCCGCUGAUGGCAUUAAUACAAUCUGUAUUAUGUAAUAUAGGUGAUGUCAAAAAUGGUUAUUUGCCUUUUUUUCAAUAUAUUUGUAUGUCUUAAGCCUGAUAUUGCAUUUUCAUUACUGGUAUUUUUUUUUUUUUUAAUGCUGUGAUUUGCUUUUGAGGAAGGUAUGUAAUGACUAACACAUCUUGCUCAAACUUAAUAAAUACACAUUUUGAUGUUUUAAAAUGU